AUUUCACGGCGAGUAAGGAGAUUUCUCUGGAUGGUAUCGCCAUUUUUUACGUCGCUUGGAUUUUCGGAGAUUUCGUAGUGCAGUUAUUUUAUCGGAAAUAUUGAAUAAAAACGUGAUGUUUUAAUGUUAAAGCUACAGAGAACCGACUGGCUUCCAUAAUUCAGUGGAAUUUCAAUGGUGAGAGAAGAAAGGAACCCUUUCCACUGGUUUUACAUAUAUUUGAAAUAAGAACUAACAAGAGGAGAUUAUUUGGUGGUUUUGAAACGAUUGCAUUUAUGAGACUUCUGUUUGCAUCUCCGACAAACGCUCUGAAAUAGCUCAUGAGUAGUAUUCGGGAGGCCGAACUAGAUCGCAUUACUGUCAAGAUUCAUAAUAUGAAACGUAGCGCAUCGCGCGACUCACCAAGGUUAAAAAGAAGAGGUAGCAUGGGCCGAUACGACGAUAGUUCUGAUGAACGUGUAACACCCGAUCGGGUGCGAAGACGUGUAGCACGCUCGCCAAGUCCAAGGGCACGUUAUAUUUCACCACACCGAGAUGAAUAUGCUCGCGUUCCUGUAGAAAGGCAUCACACGUAUAAGGUUUUAUGUGUUAGCGCAUUACCGCCGAAAGCAUCCGACGACUUUAUCAAGGAAACACUUUACCGAGAAUAUAAAAAAUUUGGUGACUUCAGCAUUCGUAUUUCGCAUGAAUUGGAGGAAAGAGUGGCGUACGUAUGUUUCCGUACGCCGGAUGAUGCACGUGAAGCGAAACAUCAUAAACCCAGAUUGAUUUUGUACGAUAAAGUAGUUCUCGUUGAACCGGUGUACGAGGCUACUGCACGUAAUGAUUACAGGCCUAGGCCUAGAUCAAUUACCCCUCCGCCAGAAUAUGAUCGACACUACUACGCUCGUUCUCCAGGGCCAGAGAGACGACGACCGAUUGACCCGUAUGAUAGAUACCCACCACCGGUGGCGAUGCAUCAUGCACGAGAUUUCCGUCCAGUUGCACAUCACGAUUACUUGAUGCCACGCGGGCCACCAAUACAUCAUGUCCCACCACCCCAUAUGCAUCCUCCGCCACAUCAUCACUAUGCUCCACGCCACAUGCUUCCGCGACCACAUAUUCCGUAUGAGAAGCCAGAGAACAAGAAGGACAAGUUUCCCAACUACCUUCAUCAUGUUCAACCAGAGGAUGAUCCUCUUGCAACUAGAACACUGUUUGCCGGUAACCUGGAAAUCAACAUUUCGGAUGAAGAAUUGCGACGAAUUUUCGGAAAAUAUGGAAUGGUUGAAGAUAUCGACAUUAAACGCCCACCUCCUGGUACAGGUAAUGCUUUUGCUUUCGUGCGAUAUCAGAACUUGGACAUGGCUCAUCGAGCAAAAGUUGAAUUGUCUGGUCAGUACAUUGGAAAGUUCCAAUGUAAGAUUGGUUAUGGUAAGGCCACUCCCACGACCCGUGUUUGGGUGGGAGGCUUAGGAGCGUGGACGUCAGUGACACAACUUGAACGAGAAUUUGACCGAUUUGGAGCCAUCAAAAAGAUAGAAUACCAGAAGGGCGAUUCUUGCGCAUAUGUUCUUUACGAAUCUAUUGAAGCAGCGACAAGUGCUGUUAAGGAGAUGCGAGGCUUCCCAUUGGGUGGUCCAGACAGGCGUUUACGCACAGACUUCUCAGAUGUAACUCCUGCUCCGCCAUAUAGGCCAAAAACAGCUCCUCCAUAUGAAGAAAGUUUGGAAUAUCGUCGUGCUGAAUACGACUACCCUGAACAUCAUUACGAUGAAUAUGGUUACCCACCACGUGGGGCAGCUCCAUAUCGUGGUGGUGGAAGGGGAGGUUUCCGUGGACGCGGAGGUAGCAGUUAUCGUGGCGGAUACAAUAAUGAUUCUCAUCGUGCUCCAGGCAGCGGACCGGAGGAAGAAUGGCGUCGCCCUGGUCAUGAGGGUGAAUAUGAUCGACGUAGAUCUGGAUCACGAGAACCUGGAGUUGAUCGAUCUCGAUCACGGUCGCCUCGUCGUCGCAGUCCUGAUUCGGACUCAGAUUCAUCAUCUCGUCGCAAUGGAAUGUUGAGUUCGGCACGAACACUCUCCGAUAUUGCGCGCAAGAGUGCGACUCUUUGGCAAGGGGCCCUUAUUUUGAAAAGCUCACUUUUCCCUGCCAAAUUCCAUUUAACGGACGGCGAUAUAGAUAUAAUUGAUUCACUCAUGAAAGAUGAAGAUGGUAAAAAUCAUCUUCGUAUUACACAGCGUCUGCGCUUGGAUCCACCUAAAUUAGAUGAUGUACAAAAACGUAUCACGUCUUCUUCAUCGCAUGCAAUUUUCCUUGGUAUGGCUGGCUCCACAUCAGCAAUAACAGCUGAAGAUAGUGGAGUGCAGACUCGGCCGCUACGUAACUUGGUGUCGUAUUUGAAACAGAAGGAGGCUGCCGGUGUAAUUUCAUUGCUUAACAAGGAGACAGAAGUUACCGGUGUACUAUAUGCAUUCCCGCCGUGUGAAUUUUCAGCCGACCUUUUGAAACGGACGUGUCAUAAUAUCACUGAGGAAGGACUGAAAGAGGAUCAUUUGGUGAUUGUUGUUGUACGAGGGGGGACAGCAUAAAUAGGUAACCAAUAAAUGCUGGUUGGGUGAAGUUUGGGGUCGACGGGUUUUUAUAGUUCAAUGUAGAUCUGAAAUGGUUCAUAACCAUGGUAGUUUCAAUCCGCGUAAAUUUUUAUAUUGCAUUUUGCAAUAAAAACCGGUCACUGUGAACGCAACUGAAAAAACGGGAACUAUCCAGAAGGCGACGGAGAGAGGGAUGUCUUGCGAGGAUAAUUAGUGUUUAGAAAGUAUUUUUAACUUGAAAUAUGCUUCUUUCAAUAUUGAAUGCUGAAGUUAAGGUAUUUGACAUAUUUUACAUUAUUGCUAAAGAUAAUUUGGUUCAGUUUAACUUUAUAAACAGUGUAUAAGGAAUAAGAAAAUAGUUUAUUACGAUUGCGAAUGAGAAUGUACGAAAUGUACAACGGCAUCCAUUAUUGUAGAAGAACACCUGUUAAUUAUAUCAACAAUAUGAAGUUCUAAUUGAAAACUGUGAAAAUUGCAAACAUUGAAACAUGAACGAAUUGUGAGAGGUGAGGUGAGGUGUACCGACAAGAGAAAAAUAGUUUUGGUAGUUGAAAAGUCAGCAUUUCAUAACUCAAAAGAAAAGAAGAAUUUUCAAAGGUGUAACAGUUCCGUUUGGUUUACGUAAUUUUGUUUUGUGAUUUCUCGAGUCAUCUAUUGAUUUCCACUAAAUAACGGAUUAAAAUGUGCAUAAAUGAAGAUUUGUAUCAAGAAAACCGUAAAUGUGAAGUUUGAAGAAUUUAAUUGAAAAAGUGUGACCACACAGUAGUGAUGUUUUUAAAAUUUCAAGUUUUUAUUUGGUUUUUGUUUUAAAUUCCUGACGGAGAGAAGACCAGUGUGUGAAAGUAUAUUGAUUCGGUUUAACAUGGUUUCGCCAGUUAUUUAAUUGAAGUUUUUAGUUGAAUUUUGUUUUUGUUGUUUCUACAAUCGAACGUUGCUGCGUGAGUUCAGAGUUUGUUUCAAAUGCUACACAUAAAUAGAGGAUUUUUGUCCGAAUUAUUUAGCAAGAAGUUUCGAAAAUUGCUCCAAGUUCUGUGCAGUGUAUUGACUUCCAUUUUUCUCUAAUAUUACUUCUAACCGUUGAAAUCCGAAGUGAUGUACACGAAAUCAAUCUCCUGUUUGUGUUUUUUUCAGAGGAACAAUCACCUCUUUGAAGUAUUCCAACAAAAAGUUGAGCAAGAGAUAAAAUCGCGAUUGUGUGUGACUUCCGCUGAUGUUAUAAUACAAAGAACAUGUGGUUCAAGUGCUAAAUUAGUUUCAUAAACUUUCAUCAAGAUUUUUGACCUUUUACGGUCGAACCAAAUCUACAGAAGCAUUUUAUCAUUCUUCACAAAAGUUUCCUAUUGUGCAUUGGUGAAAUUCGUGUUGAGUUAACACAGAACAGAAGAAAAUAUAAUGAAGUCAAAAUUGAAGUAAGAGCGGCAAAAUUAAGGUUUGGCUCUAUUCAAUUAUAGUUUUGUUCACCUGCUUCUUGCUCGAAUGCAACGAAACAAUGGAACGAUUAGAGAAUAUAAUGUAGCAUUUGUUGAAAAAUGUUUAUAAUGAAAUACGUUUACAAAUGUUACCUUGUAUUUUUGAUAAUCGUUUGUUACUUCUUGCUUAAUCACACACUCAUCGUCUUCACGUAGUUUUGUGGCACACCCUAGAUUUUGCAAAGAAUUUUCCGAAAAAUAGUAAAUACAUAUACGGUUUAAUGACUCCUUUCUUCUACACCUCCCUUCGGUUUGUCAAAGUUCUGCUCGAAAAAAGUUUUAAAAAUUCACUUAAACUUCAAAAUGUUCAAAUGAAGAAAAAAAGUUCAAGAAUAGUUUUUGUUCUGUGAAAAUGAAAAAGUAAAAUUGUGAAGUUUUUUUUAUUUAAAAAAUCAGAAAGAUGUGUUGCAUAAUAAUGGAUCGUAGUUUAAAAAUAAACUAUAGAAAAUUAGUUAAA